CAGCCCUGAUUUCUGUUUGGUUUAGGAGUCGUCAUGCCCCCAGCAACACAAACCAUUAGCAGCACCUGUCCCGGACUUCCUCACGGCCAGUGGGGCAGUUAAUGGUGCACGCUCUCAGAAUCAACGCUGAAUCCAAACUGGCCAACUCCUACAGUGCAGCUUUGGGCAAAUUACUUGAUAUCUCUGAAUCCCGGAGCAACUUCUUAUAAAAAUUGGAUAAAAGUGCUUUCUCCUUGUGAGAAUUAGGUAUCACAGAAGGGCUUGACGUGGUGUGUGACUGGAAGCUAUUGGGAUGAGCAGAGGGUACAUUGUCCCCUGGAUGAGACUGGGGAAGUUACCAGCAGCACAUUUUGAUGGUGACGUAGGAGGCUGGGACUCCCAGCUGCAUGUCCAUCCUCCUCUCAUUGAUCUCUUUGGAAUCAGCAGCCAUUUCUUAGAGUAGACAGUGGAACAUAAUGGGACAGUGCCACCUCGGGGCAACAAGGAAAACUGAAAAUACAGCCCUGAUCAGGCCCUUUGGUUCCAACUCUUACCUCCCAGGGGUCGUUGCCUUGAAAGACCUGGGCAACACAAGGAAGAGGUGCCUUCAUGGUGCAUCUGUUUUCCUAUGCAUGGUCAACAGCUUUCUAAUCUUCUCAUCCUACCCAAACAGCAAAGAUCAGACCAAGUGGAGAAAUCCCUGGGCAAAACAGAGAAAGCUACUAGGAAGUUGGCCCUAGGCAGCCUGUGCAUGAGAUGUCAUUAUGAGCUGAGGCUUCCUUUAAAAUCUGUCACCUCUUGGAGGGCGGGAGUCUGAGGCCUGUGGGGAGGGUGACAGCCCAGCCUUUCCUUGCAGAUUCUCACACCAUGAUGAAGCGCCUGGGCACAUGGGGGCUGGCCAUCUUCUGCAUGCUGCUUGCCAGCCACUUCUCCACAGUCAAGGCAAGGGGCAUAAAGCACAGGUUCAAGUGGAACCGGAAGGCCCUGCCCAGCAGCGUCCAGAUCACCGAAGCCCGCGUGGCUGAGAACCGCCCGGGAGCCUUCAUCAAGCAAGGGCGUAAGUUGGACAUCGACUUCGGAGCAGAGGGCAACAGGUACUACGCGGCCAACUACUGGCAGUUCCCAGAUGGGAUCUACUAUGAAGGCUGCUCUGAUGCCAAUGUGACCAAGGAGAUGCUGGUGACCAGCUGCAUCAACGCCACCCAGGCGGCCAACCAGGCUGAGUUCUCCCGGGAGAAGCAGGAUAGCAAGCUCCACCAGCGAAUCCUCUGGCGGCUGAUCAAAGAGAUCUGCUCCACCAAGCGCUGCGAUUUCUGGCUGGAAAGGGGAGCUGCACUGCGGGUCACUGUGGACCAGCCAGCAAUGGUCUGCCUGCUGGGUUUCAUUUGGUUCUUUGUAAAAUAAACAGCAACGAGGCUGGCGGCCACAGAGCUACACUAGGUGAUAAACCAGCGAAAGAACACAGAAACUGCACGUGAUUCCCCAGCUCGUGGACGGAGCCAGGAAACUGAGGUUUACAUUGCUGAAGUCAUCCUCCAGCACAGACAGGAUGCAGCAGAGCUGGGGUUCCCCUGGUCUGUCUCCCCUCAGGUUUUCUGCUCUGUGUAGCCUGAAGCUGCCUGGUGAUCACUUCAGGACUCAGGUCCCAGUCCAGGCCUGUGUGUGUGGAGUGGAAGUCACACCCUGAAAUAAGUGGGGAUCCCUGGGCAACAGCUCUGCACCUUGACACCUGACAGUGAGACUAAAAUAUUACAAAGAAGUUAAACUGAAGGAGACACUACACAAGACAAAGGUUCAGAAAUCAGAUUGUAGGGGAAUUUUCCACUCACCCCCAGAGAGCAACUGCAGGGCGGGAUGCAUUUGUAGGGCUAGAUACUGCUUCACAAGGAUUGGUAUUUGCUGCUCUAGUCCCUGCCUGCAGUGAUCUGCAGAGUUAAGAAACCCCUUGUAAAUGACACGUUUGCAUCUUUCUUUUUUUCUCUCUUUGUUUUGUUUUUCUAGAUGGGAAUCUAUGUAGCCCAAGUUGGCCUCAAACUCAGGAUCUUCUGGCCUCUGCCUCCUGAAUGCUGGGAUUACAGACAUGCGACCAAGCCCAGAUGCUUGUUUACCUCUGAUGUCCCCUGGUCCUGUGUGUGUGUUCUUGGGUAUCCUGUGAGCAUCUUCAAACAUGCUCCCUUUGUACAGAGCUCUCUGCAAUAUAUAUGACUAUUAUUUAAAUUUUUAAAAAUCUAACCUUUGAAGAUCCUUCCACGGGCCCUCCUCCCCUUUCGGGGGGGCCCCAGGAGUUGCUGAGGGUGUAUUCUCUUUUGAAAGGAACAUCUGUGGGGGCUUAGUGGGAACGUGUAUUGUCAAAGGAUUCAUCUGCAGCAUUUCAGGACAUGAGAGCUGAUAACAGUACCUCAUGUGCUGAGUUCCCACUGCUUCAGUUCUUCUCAAGGACAUCUCUGGGAGGCUUCACAUGGUAAAGGGCCUUGAGGCGGGCAGCCCAAGGACACACGGCCUUCCACGGAACCUUUCACCACUGGUCAGACAGCGCAGAGAAACCAGCCUGCUGCUGCACUCUGCCGCCAGCCCGAGACUCCUGGACUCCCGACGUCUGCUACUCCUAAACCAGAGAGCAAGGAGAAGCCCCGAACUCACAGUUUCUUCUUUGCAUGCCAUUUUAAACAGCAGGCAGUAAAGAAAGGUGGUUCUUAGAUGGUGAUGUUGAUGUUUCAGCUCCUGGCUCGAGGCUUAAUUACUAGGGUGGGCGCACAAAGCUGUUGGCUACCAACUUCAUUCUGAUGUGAAAAUGCUCAGACUGGACAUAGUCCAUGCACCGUGAUUACUGUGUUCUCUCAUACCACUGCUUGUCACACCCAGCGAACCUAACUGUGACAGCAAAUGAAUGUUCAUGUGGGAUUUGACUGCAAAUUUUGCCUGUUAAUUUUUUAACUGAGACGUCCUUACUCUUACAGAUCAGAAUGAGGACAUUCGAGUCUGGCUUUGACUUGGCCAAGAGUUUACUGGCUGACCAUUAAGAACAGAGUUCCUAAUGGCACUUGUAGAUUAUUCUAGUAGUGACUUGAUAACAUGAACAAUUUCACCAGCCAUUGUUUUCUUAUCCCUUCUGAGCAUUACCAAGUUAGCAUGUGUGUGUGUGUCGUGUUGGUGCUCAGGCAAGCUGGAGCAGAGUGAAAAGUGGCCGCACUUUCACAUCCAAUUUUGUCAAUGCCUUUCCACUUCUCCUGACUCCCCUCUCCUUCACUCACUUGCAAAUGCAAACGUAGAAAUUUGCAAUCCUAAUACAGGGCGCUGGAUAUCUUAAAGCUUUACUUAACUUCAUUUAAUACUUUCUGUCCAUUUUUUUAAUGACUUUUGUUUUCUUGUUUCUCCAGCCCCAUCUCCCUCCUUCUACCCUGGUUUGAGACCUGUACCCCUUUACUGUAUUUAAAUAUAAAGUCAAGGGUUUUUAUUUUGCUCCAUUACAACCUUUAAAACACUAUGAUCGAGUGUAUAAUAUUUGUUUCUGAAGUUUGCCUUCCUGACUUAAUAGAAUGCCAUUAAAUUCCCUGGAUCACUAUCUAACUAGUUAACAUGUCCUUCUAGAUGACUGCGAAAUAUUCCACAGCACAGAUGUGCUGGGACUGACAUAAUAAUUUCCUUGUUGAUAGAACUCCAGAUUGUUCUUACCUGGCAAACAAUAAACACCCUUAUAGAGACA